AUGUAUGUGAAAUGGUUUGAUACAGUAAUGUUUUACUAUGUGAUUUUAGUGUAUUUAGUGAAUGUCACUUUUUGUCAUUUUCAAAUUUCCCGCCGUUCAGUCCCCCCGUAUGCUUGCAGAGGACGGAACCCAAAUGACAGAUGCCGGCAUCUGCCGGAUUACAUUGCCGGGGACACUGCAGGGGGGACAUCGUGGGAGCGCAGGACAAGGUAAGUGAACAGAUGCCGGAGCAGUGCCGCAUGAUAAGCCCGAGUGUAGCUUGGGGUUACCGCUUUUGCUACACUCGGGAAUACCGUCAGGGAGGUUA